AUGGCGGCUUAUGCAUUGUAUCGGAGCACGACACUCGGACAGGCGUUGGAGCAGACACUCACCGAUAUGGAGGAGGAGGGUCUCAUUCCGAAAAAUUUGUCGGCGAAAGUGCUCAAUCAGUUCGAUAAAAGUAUGAAUAAGGCGAUUUCGAGGAUUCCGCGAGAAAAGAUUCAAUUUUGCGCCGAAAAACUCAUCACAUACCGCUAUUGCGAUAAUGUUUGGACAUUUAUUCUCAAUGAUAUUGGAAUUAAGGACCCGCAUCGCUCAUUUGAUCAUCCGAUUGAUAAGCUGAAAAUAGUUGCUUGCGAUGGUCGCCAGAAUGUGAUGUUGGCGAACACGGGCCUUGCUAGCGGCAGUCAGGCGCCGGUCAAGAGGAAUGCGAAUGACGACGACAGCGACUGA